AUGCUUUACAACCCUCAAUAUUUCUCAGGGAGAAGGUAUAGGAGUGGUAGUAAAAAUAAGGAUCUAUCAGAAUAUAGCAUCAAUUUUCAAGAAUCUCAAACCAGAAACAUUACAGACAAAUGCGUUUCACGAGGAAUUUUAUCAUAUGAAGUGCAAUAUAAAAAUAGACCCCAUGAUAGAGAUGAGUACCUUAUAAUCACAUGGGCUAUCAAAUCCUACUUAAAAAAAGGGAGAAAUUCAAUGGCUAUUAACAUAUGUGAUAAACCAGUAACCAAGAAUAAUCAUUAUUCUCGUUACAAGAGAUUACAUUCAGAAAACAAGAGAAAAUAUCCUGGCAGUUGUAUUAAAGUUUCUGGAUCCACUUAUAAUGUCUGUGGAAGCAUUACAGAUGGGGCAAAUGCGAAAAUGGAUUUCUCCAUCGGACAAACAAAUCAAAUUCCAAAUAGACCUGAUUAUCAAAUAUUCUCAACAAAUCGUAGUUCAGUCGUUCCGAGAACUGAAAUUAGUCCUCCUAAUUAUGAACAAGUAUUUAACAAAAAAAUACCUAAA